UUUGAAGGCGACCAGAGGUAUCAUUGCGCCAUUAGAACUUCAAGCGUGAACAGCAGCGCUUCAAGAAGCAAAUAUUUGUAUUAAUAUAAUAAAAAACAACAGAAGAAGCAACCCAUACAGGAUGAAAUUUGUGAUCUCUUUGUGCUUUGUGACUUGCCUGAUCGCUUCACUGGAUGCCGCUGCAGUAGAGCCCUCUACAGUGCAACCCAAAGCAGCUGAUGAGAACGCAUCGACCACAACAGCGGCACCAACAGCGGCCUCAGAUGUGAUUGAAGAAUGCCACCAGCCCAAGGAGACCGGCCGUUGUUUCGCGCUCUUCUAUCGCUAUGCCUAUAAUGUGGAGAGCCGUCAAUGCGAGGAGUUCAUUUAUGGAGGCUGCAAUGGCAACCAGAAUAAUUUCGAAAGCAAGGAGGCGUGUGAGAAGAAGUGUUUGGGAAAAUCGGAAGACGGCGCCAAGGAGGAGGCGAGCACUACCCCAGCUAAGGCCAGCGAUGAGGAUAAGCCGGUAAUUCCAGCUGUUGGUGCAGUGCCUGCUGUUGUAGUUUAAACUCGCUGUUCGUGAGCAACAAUGGAAGCGUUUUAAGAUGUUGAAGAUUCUAGUAUUAUACUCGUACUUUUAUGAAUUUAAAAUUUGUUAACUAUUGAAUUUGAUGUGGCGUGUGAAUUUCGCCUAAUCAUUAUUCGUGAUA